CGAUUGAAUCAGAUUUAGCCGUGAUGUGAAGCUCAAGAGAUAAGGUCGAGGUGUGAGUUUUGGAGUAAUGUAAUUGACCGCACAAAUACGUCAAGGCUCUAGUGUUAAUGACUUUGCGUCACUAGAAUAUGUUAUCAUCAUUAUUUGGUCCGAUUGGAGAGUCAUCUUGCCCGAGCUUGUGUGAGUGGAGCGCGCAAACGCUGCACAUAAAGGAACGCGCGCACCUGCAGGUCUCUGUAUACUGCAAGUUAAUAGAGAAGCACUGCAACGCAUCUUUCUUUCUCCUAAGACAAACGGAAUACCAGCUCAUUCUGUUUAUUUAUAAGGCGUGUGCAGAGCAGCGGGUUCGAGGAUGUCUUGCGGUUGGUUUUUGCUGCUGGUCUCUCAGGUAUUUUUGCUGCUCCUGUGUCCUGGACACUCGCGCUGUGCCCUCGAUUAUCCGCCUGAUGGCAGCGAGGCUCAGUCUAAACACUUUGAGAAACGUUAUGAUGAUGUUGAUUAUGACAGUUUCGUCGGACUGAUGGGCAGGAGGAGUACAGGUCCAAAUCGUUCCACAAAUUCACCAUUUAGACAUAAUAUGAAUGAUAUUUUUGUUGGACUGUUAGGACGCAGAAACAGUAUGACUGUUGUUCCUGCUUGGAGAGGGGAAAGGAAAGGUAACUUCUUCUUGAAAGACAGAAGGCUGAGGUUUUGCUGUGCUGUAUGAAGCCUAUCUCAUUGGCGUAAAACUCAUCCACCAUGGAAUUAUGCCAUUCAGAAGAAAGAAAAGCUGUUUUUGUCACAGUGCCACGAUUGAGUUGUAUGAUUUUCCUUUAGAUAUGGUGCAAUUUAUUUUAGUGUAUUUUAUGUGGAAUAUGAGUUCUUACACCUACCCCAUAAUGUUUCCUAGUACAGAAUGCACCUGUCUCAGAUAAAAGAGGUUUGGAUAGAUUUUGGAUAGUCAUGAGAAAUACAAAAAUGAUCCAAUUGAGAUAUCCUAUUGUGAGAUAUGAUCCAAUUUAAUAAUUUGAAUUGCUGUAGCAAGACCUUCUCAAGCAUUGCAAAUAUGCUACUUAUAC